AUGAUGGACUGCGUUCUCCACUGCGCGGUUCGACGCACCGUGGCCAUUGUGGAAGGCACCGGUGAGAAGCUUGAAUUCCGAGACCACUGGCUGCAUCUUCGGCCGGACGAGCUAGCCACUCAAGGCUACCUCGAGGGUCCCUGGAAGGGCUACACGUACUUCUACCGGGACUAUGAGCACGCCCAUGAGGAGCUCAAGGGCGGCAACGAUCACGAGAACACCGGCAUGUUUGCAUCUUUCGACGAGGAGAAGCCAGUGGUGUUGAACAAGGGACAGAAGAAGGCCCUGCGGGAUUACAGCGACAGCAUCAAUCGUGAGGACACCGCUAUGUGGGCCGAGCUCAAGGGAGUUCCGGCAUACCGCCGGGCUUCCCGACUCCUUCCUCGUGGCUGUCGCUCCUUCGUUUUGGAGCUGUUUGCGGGAGCGGCCGCGCUCACGGCCAUGGCUUUGGGAUAUGGCCUGCCAGCGGCCAGCCCGAUCGACUUACAGGCGCCCGGCUGGAACCUGAGAGACCCCGCGGCACGGCAGCGACUUCAAGCUCGAAUCGAGGAGGAAGACCCCUACCUCCUGGCCAUCGCUCCCGUGACCCUUCCGUGGAACAGCUGGAACGCCUAUGACCUUUGGAGGCCGGGCGAAGCAGCUGAUGAAGUCCGAGCCGGGAGGCGCGAAUGGUACGAAGCUUUUGCCUGGUUGUGUCAGCUUGUCCAGCAGCGCACCGCGCAGGGCAGACAGGUGGUGCUGGAGUCGUCUUGGAGCGGUUUGCUCUGGGAGACCAAGUGUUUGGAGCAGACCCUUGGCCAACACAACCCGGCCACCGAGCAGGACCUGGAGGUCGUCUAUGUGGACAUGUCGCGUCUGGGCUUGCGAGACAUGGUGUCGGGACAGCCUGUGCCCAAAGAGUCCGGGAUCCUCACGGCCUCUAGGCACACCAAGCAGGCGUUGCAGCAGGACUUCCGAGAAGCCGGAGGAGAAUCGCCUGCCCGUCGCCACCGGCGAGCCCGGUUAGCAGCCAAGUGGCCGGACCAAUUGUGCGAAACGGUUCUGCGAGGUGUCUUUGAGGACCUGCAGGAGCUUCACUGUGGAGUGGCGUCUGCUGCCGAGGAAGGCGCCGAAGCUAGCGAAGAACUCGGCACCUUGGAUGCGCUGCACCGCCCGGAGGACGAGAUCGAUGUGCCUAUGCCACCGCCUCUGCAACCACAUGAACUACAACGGGAGGAGGUGCUAGAGGAGGCAGCAGAACCACAACAGCCAGAGGCAGAGAAAGAGAGGAAGCGGAAGUGGCUACGCCUGGAAAGAAACCAAAGGCUGGCUAUUCGGCGGCUGCACCAUAUGACCGGGCACGCCUCGAACGAGAGCAUGAUGAGGAUGCUCCGAGCUGCCGGGUCGUCACCUACUGUGGUUGCCGCCUGUCGCUUCUUUCGUUGCCAAGUCUGUUUGGAGAAAAAGAACCCACCGCAACCGAGCUCUGUUACCUCAGCGCCCCCGUACCAGUUCAACUAUGAGGUUGGGUGCGAUGCCUUUGAAGUUGUGGACGCGACGGGGGAGAAGCACACCAUUCUGUCCCUGGUCGACUCUGGGACUAAGUACCAUGUGGCUUCUCGUGUGUCCGGAGGCGGCGUACCAGGGAGCAAGGUGUGUUCCGACAUGUUCUCAGCAAGCUGGCUGGCACCGUUUGGCCCGCCUAAGUUCCUGGUAUGCGACCAGGGCGUUCACAACCGGGGGCAGUUCGCUGCACUCAUGGCCUCGAUGGGCACACAGCUUCGGAUGGUCGGAGCCCGGGCACCUUGGCAGCUGGGAAGGACCGAAAGGCACGGGGGGAUCCUCAAACAGAUGAUGAAGAGGAUUAUCCAGCAGCACCAGGUGCACGGUGGCGACGCAGUCAACUUGGUGGCGCAGCAAUGUGCUGCGGUCAAGAACGGGUCCUACAACCACUCCGGCUAUUGCCCGACCCAAUGGGUACUGGGCAAGUUGCCUUCGGAAGUGACCUCCCUCACGGAGGAGAGAGACGUUGAGAUGCUUGGGGCCCAGGAGGAGCACGCCGACGACACCAACGCUUUCGGCAAGCGACUGCUUCUACGACAGUGGGCCCGAGAGGCCUUCGUGUACAUCGACGGAAGCCAAAGGCUUCGGAGGGCCAUGUUGCGCCAGGCCCAUCCGAUGAGAGGGCCCUACCGGACCGGCGACCUCGUUUCUUACUUUCGCAAGGGAAAGUGGUUUGGGCCGGCUCGCGUUUUGUCCUUGGAAGGCAAGGCCUCUUACUGGCUGGUCCAUGGAGGCAUGACGGUGCUUGUGGCAGAGACGGCUUUGAGACCAGCCACCGUGGAGGAGAUCCGCCGCCGGCAAGCGCUGGAGAUGAGGCCCAGUUGGACGCGGCAGUCCGGAAAGCGCAAGCACCAGGACCUUGAGGAGGAGGAGCUCUUGCCAUUCGAAGAAGAGGUUCCGGAGUUUGACGAGGUCGGCCAGGUACCCUACUUCAAUUUCGAUGGGCCGGCCCCCUCGCUGACCACUCCGGCCUUGAUGGAUGCAGAGAGUUCGGAAGCUCUACCUCCACCGCCCGGCCUUGAGGGACAAACUGCCGAACCAUCGGCGACCGAAGGUGCGGGCGAAGAAGGGAUGCCGAGACAGGUGACCCAGCCGGAGCAAGAACCGCAAGACGGGACCGAGACGCAGCCACAGCAGGACGAAGCAACCAUGAACGAAAACCCCUCGACUUCGUCUACCUCUGGUCCUUCGGCCCCGCAAGAGGUCCCAGCCAAAACCAAGCUCAGCAUCAAGGAGGCCAACCGGAAGUUCCGUGCUUUUCUGGCACAGCGAGGGGAGAAGAAGUACAAGAAGAAAGUUGCAAAACAAGGUGCUGGACGAGAACUUCCCUACCACAAGGUUAGCCCAGAGAUUCGGGCUGAGAUCGACCAAGCUCGCCGAAAGGAAUGGGACAACUGGAAGGGCUACACCAAUAUGCGGAAAAUCUCCAAGGACGAGUUCGCUACUAUGAGGGCGGCCAACCCUAGCUUGCGGGUCAUACCCACAAGGUGGGUCGACAUUGACAAGUCCGACGACCCCACUCAGCGCAAGCUCAAGAGCCGCUUCGUUGUGCGAGGCGACCUGGAGGACGCCAGCAAGAUGAGGACAGACUCUCCAACAGGGAGCCAGGUGGCUAUGGGACUUACUCUGUCCUUUGCUGCGUCGACGGGCCGCCCACUUCGUUCAGGAGACAUCUCGGCGGCUUUUCUUCAGGGAUCCGAGUUGGAUCGCCAGCUCGUGCUCAGCAUGCCUAAGGGCGGAACUCCCUACGACAUGGAGGAUGGCGACUUGAUCGUGGUGUCCACCACGGUGUACGGCACCAAGGACGCGCCGAGGGGCUGGUAUAAGAAGCUGGAUGGCACUUUGGUACAGCAAGGCCUGCGAAGGGUGCCUCACGCGCCCGGCUUCUACGUGCUUACUGGCCACCGGGAGAAUGGGCAGCCGUAUGUCAAAGGAGUGCUGCUUAUCCAUGUUGAUGACCUGCUCUGGUCUGGUGACCAAGACUUCCAGGACAUUAUGCUCACCGUGCAGGGCAUCUACAAAUUUGGGUCGUUGGAGGAGAAGGCUUUUCGCUAUUGCGGGAGGCAGCUACGUCAAGACGACCGUGGCAUCCAUGUAUCCUGCCCUGAGCUGGUGGGACGUGUGCGACCCAUCGCCCUGGAGGUGGCGAGGCUUCAAAUGGCUGUGUCGGACCCUACGGUUCAAGACUUGGUGGACGCGAACAACCUCGUCCGCUAUGCCAGCCGGACCAAGGACCAGGGAAUCCUGUACCCCGCCGGAGCUCUCUCGUUUGACGACAUGAUGGUGCUGGCCAUCCAGGAUGCUUCCUAUGCGGCCGACUACGACCUCAGCAGCACGGGCAAGAAGCUAGGUUACCGGAGCCAGAGCGGCCGGAUGCUAUUCUUGGCCCCGGGGAACUACAUGAAGAAUAUGAGCUCCGUCGGCUAUUUGAUCAGUUGGCACAGUACCGUGAUCAAGAGGGUGAGCAAGAGUACCCUUCAAGCAGAGACGCUUAGUCUGCAGCUUGGGGCUGCAGAAGCAGACCACCUCCGUGCCGUGAUUCAUGGGUUAUAUUGUGACAUGGGAAAAGGGGAAGCAGAACAGUGGAUGGUCGAAGCCCAAGACCGAACCCACACCGCGUGGUUCACCGACUGCUUUUCUCUUUGGUCACACCUGAUGAACCCGGCGGCCGGAUCGGUGGCGGACAAACGGCUCGCUAUCGACCUUUGCGCCUUGAGGCAAGAGCUAUGGAGGGGAUCCGGACAGAGCGUCGGAGAUCCCUUGGGCAGUGACAAACCGCCCGACGAAGCCAGUACUACCGUGACUUGGACGACGACAGAUCGCAUGCUGGCGGAUGGGCUCACCAAGAAGCUCUUGUAUGAUAAGUCCAUUUUGGACGUGAUGGACGGACACGUCAUCACUCUAGCUCCGAAUCCUGAUCAGAAAAGAAAGACCAGUGUGAACACUAGCCCUUGUGAGGACUAG